AUGGCUUUGUACACGAAAGCUGCCGAGAUUCUCGAGAAAGUGGAGAGGAAGCAGGCUACUGUAAAGACUUUGGUUUACGAUAGUAAAUUUCAGGUAAAUUACUACAGUUUACUGAGUAGCUAUUAUUAGCUUGCUAACGCCUUGCUUUGUCAACAUUUGCCAUGUAGCUAACCAGUACACACACAUAACACAGGCAACAACUUGCUGGUCAUGGCUAGAAGCAAAAAAUCCUGUGUGUAAAGUGACUUAAAACAGUAGUGUGUUGAUAUUGUUAUAAUGUUCUCACCUCACCAGAAUAUCAAGCAGCUUUUUGCCCUGGUGUGUGAGACACGGAAGUUUUCAUCCAUUCUCCAAGAGAUCAUUGAGUCCACCAAACUCCUUAAACAGACUAAGAUCAAAAUGAAUCUAGCCAAGGUAAUGUGAAACACAUGGAUACAAUUCUCUUCCCCAUCAUGCCUUUUUGAAGAAAGCACGAAGUCCAUUCAGUCCCUCCAACAGAGUUCUUCAAGCCUGGUCCUGGGAACCCACAGGUCAUAAUAUGCAGGCAUUUGUUUCUGCCCAUUACGAACACACCUGAUUAGCUACUGUAAUUGAAUCAGGCGUGUUAGAACAGGGAUAUAACAAAAGCCUGCACACCCUGUGGCUCAGAUUCCCAGGACCAAGAUUGAAGAACACUGAUCCAACACUGGCUGGUAGCUUACCUCUUGUUUGGUCCUGUCCACAUUACACAGGUUCUGGUGUAUGACCUGGUCAUCGGUAAGGGGCUGAAGUGUGGCGGAGCCUGGAAGGCUCUGAUGAUGAAGCACCGCUCCAGACUGCAGGCUGCCCUGGCCCGCAUGAAGAUCAAGCAGAAGGUCAGCCGCAACCAGGACCUGCUCCCCUCCAGUCUCCAGCAGCCUGAAGGUUGGAUUGAUUUAUCCCUAUUACUCCUGUUAGAAAACAAGACAUUUGCGCUUCCAAGAGAUGAGUGGCAUAGUACUGUAUCUGCGAGCUGUUCUAUAGGCUAUAGAGCGCACGUGCCAAUACCAAAGUGGGCACAUUUGCUAUAUAAACGCAACAUUUUUUGUGACAAAACCAUCGGUACAGUUGGAAAUGCGAUGGAAACCCAUUUAACUUGUAUUUUUUAUUCGGUACAUGGGAAUUUAACCGCAGAAGUUAUUUUUAUUACAUUUACAUUUUAGUCAUUAUUAUUAUUAUUAUUAUAUUAUAUUUAGCAGACGCUCUUAUCCAGAGCGAUUUACAGUUAGUGAGUGCAAACAGAUAUUUUUUUUUCAUACAGAGAUGACAGAGAAACCUUUACUUUAACGAUGUCAACCAUACUGAACAAAAAUUUAACGCAACAUUUUGCUGAGUUGCAGUUCUAUGUGCGCUACGUCAUCACACACCGUAUUUUACCCUCAACAAGUCACACAUCUCUGGUGGGAAAAUCCGCAUAUUGUUUUUAUGCAGAUUUUAGAAUAUUUGCAUCUAAAUCUGUCGCCAAUUGGAUGGAAACCUAGCUUGUAACCAGGUUUCCAUCCAACAUUUUUAUGCGAGUAAAGUACGUCGGAUAAAGAAUGUCAUGACAGGCCUGAUGGAAAAAGCUAAUUUUUCGGUAAACUUUCCAAAUGUCGACAAAACAAAAUAUACGCUAGACAAGGUGGGAUCAUUUUGUGAAAAACCACUUUUCCUUCCAACCAUUUUAUGCGGAUGAAUCACCUGACGCAUGGAAAAAGUCACCAAUGGGCUGAUGGAAACAUGAAAUGCCAGUACAAUUUUAUAAAUGCCGUCAGACCAUUUGUUGGUUCGACAUGGUGGGAUCUUUUGUCUGUAAAAUGUAUUAUGCGAGAAAUUGCAGUGGAAACGCCUUUAUGCGCAAAUAUUGAUAUCAUAUCGAAGUAAUGCGAUAUGUUGUGUGGUCCUCCCACUACGACUCCGGAAAGCAUGCAGUUUAUUAAACUACAGAUUAAAUAAAUGAUGAUGAACUUCACAAGGUGAUUAAUGUGCAAGGUGAUGAGCUUGAUGCUCCUUUCCAAUAAAUAUCGACGGUUUUAUUCUGGUGACAUGAUGAUCGAUGCUUGGCUGCCGUUUGACAAAUACAAAUAAUAUCGCUGUAAUCCAUAAUAAUCUCCUAAUGUAGGUAGCCUACCCGCAAUGUAACUGCGAGCUGUUGGUUAAAGCAUGUGCCAAGACCAGAGUGGGCAUAUUCGCUGUAUAACGAAGAUAUUUUUUUGACAAAACCAUCAGUACAGUUAAAUGCAAUGAAAACCCAUUUAUUCGGUACUUGGAAAUUUAACCGCAGAAGUUAUUUUCUGUGUACUACGUCUUUUCUGUGUACUACGUCAUCACGCACAGCCAAUGGAAACCUAGCUAUUUAGAAAGUUCACAGAUGCGACAAUUCCCUGCUACAGUGCGUUUACAUUGAACUCACUUGUUGGUAAAAACAGCUGGACGUAAUGACGUCACUGCCUAGUGCCUACUGUCUGUCAUACUUCACUGGAAAUAAGUUAAAGCAGAGAUCUGUAUAUAAUGACGAGAUGCUCAUGUCUCCACCCUAACAAUGGGAGUGGUUGUCAAAGGCGGGAAGGCAGGCCUGCAUAUUAAGCCCAUAGAAACGCUUUGGGUUUAUUUUGGACAGAUUUUGGCGAGAGAGAACCCUCUCUGGUUAAAGGGCGACUGCACUUCCUGAUUUGGCCUCGUUUUAGAUUCGGUUCAUUAAGAAAUGCUAGUGGCCAUGACUGCAUUCAAACAUGACUUGGUUUCAGGGUGUGGUUUGAUGUGGAUGUCAUGUAUGUUUGCAGGUGGGAAGACUUAGCCUAAAUAUUUCGCCAAUUAUAUAGACAAAAAAAUUAAAGCAACAUGGAACAAUUUCAAAGACUACUGAGUUACACUAGGCCCUAAUCUAUGGAUUUCCCAUGACUGGGGAUACAGAUAUGCAUCUGUUGCUCACAGAUACCUUUAAAAAGAAAAAGGUAGGGGCGUGGAUCAGAAAACCAGUCAGUAUCUGGUGUGACCACCAUUUGCCUCAUGCAGCGCAUGACACAUCUCCUUCGCAUAGAGUUGAUCAGGCUGUUGAUUGUGGCCUGUGGAAUGUUAUCCUACUCCUCUUCAAUGGCUGUGCGAAGUUGCUGGAUAUUGGCGGGAACUGGAACACGCUGUCGUACACAUCAAUCCUGAGCAUCCCAAACAUGCUCAAUGGGUGACAUGUCUGGCAAGUAUGCAGGCCAUGGAUGAACAGGGACAUUGUCAGCUUCUAGGAAUUGUGUACAGAUCCUUGCGACAUGGGGCUGUGCAUUAUCAUGCUGAAACAUGAGGUGAUAGCGGCAGAUGAAUGGCACGACAAUGGGCCUCAGGAUCUCGUCACGGUAUCUCUGUGCAUUCAAAUUUCCAUAGAUAAAAUGCAAUUGUGUUCGUUGUCCGUAGCUUAUGCCUGCCCAUACCAUAACCCCACCGCCACCAUGCAUUCAGGUUAAGACCCUGGUGAGGACGACGAGCACGCAGAUGAGCUUCCCUGAGAUUGUUUCUGACAGUUUGUGCAGAAAUUAUUUGGUUGUGCAAACCCACAGUUUCAUCAGCUGUCCGGUUGGCUGGUCUCAGACGAUCCCACAGGUGAAGAAGCCAGAUGUGGAGGUCCUGAGCUGGUGUGGUUACACGUGGUCUGCGGUUGUGAGGCCGGUUGGACGUACUGCCAACUUUGAUGGGGGUGGGAGCCACAAAUCCGGAAUUUAUGAGGGGCCUCAGUGGCUCGUGGGUCUGCGUACCCACGUCCCCACCUUGCGAGCAAAACAUUUUAGCAGCCUCCCUCGUGACAGAGAAGAGAAAAUGUGUUAGUUAUUGUGUUAUUUCCUGCUAUUCUUUUGCCAUGGGGCGUAGAGAAAAUGUUACAGUUUUAAAGCAAUUUUUUUUGCAAUUCUACACAUUUUGCCAUGGGGUGGAGAGAUGAUUUAGCAAUUUUAUAACACAUUUCAUGCAAUUCUACUCAUUUUGCCAUGGGGCGGAGAGAAAAUGAGCAGUUUUACGCCUUGUGUAUUCUAUUAUUCUAACUCUCAAAAGUAAGCUGAGACACCGACUGAGUUCCUAAAAGGGGGCCUACAAAAGGGGGGCUGCCAGCUGCCCACACCUGCUCUAAAAUGACAUUGGAGGCAGUUUAUGGUAGAGAAUUGAACAUUCAAUUCUCUGGCAACAGCUCUGGUGGACAUUCUUGCAGUCAGCAUGCCAAUUGCACGCUCCCUCAACUUGAGACAUCUGUGGCAUUGUGUUGUGACACUGCAUGUUUUAGAGUGGCCUUUUAUUGUCCCCAACACAAGAUUCACCUGUGUAAUGAUCAUGCUGUUUAAUCAGCUUCUUUAUAUGCCACACCUGUUAGGUGGAUGGAUUAUUGGCAAAGGAGAAAUGCUCACUAACAGGGAUAUAAACAGAUUUGUGCACAACAUUUGGGAGAAAUAAGCUUUUUGUGUGUAUGGAAAAUGUCUGCAAUCUUUUAUUUCAGCUCAUGAAACAUGGGACCAACAUUUUACAUGUUGCGUUUAUAUUUUUGUUCAGUGUAGCUUCAGCGUGCUGGUGUGCGACCAUGGCAAAGUUGUUUUGACUUUAGAUAGCUUAGUUAGGGACCGUCAAUAAUCAUGUUGCACACCUUUGUUUUCUCAUUAAAUGAUUUCAAUAUUUGUAUAUGAAUUUCUACAAUUUAUAGUUGGAGGUUUUUAAGUAAUAAAAAUGUGGAGUUAUUAGCAUAUUAACAUAUUGACCCAUGUGCAUUGUGUAUUUUAUCGAUGGCCCCUAACUAGCCCCAUAGGGAUUUCCAAAGUCAACCCAAAUUUACCACAGGUCAUGUGCAGCUGCACUCAGAAUUUAUAAUUACUUGUGCGCUGCCAGCUGUGGGCAGUAUUGAAACAAACCCAACCUUCAUUUACGUUGUGAUGCAGUCACAACCACAAAACUCGGUUUUGGACGAGACUGACUUUAUGACCAAAAUGAUCCUUUUUACACUUUGUAGUCAAUUUUGACAGUAGAAUAAAUGUUUGACUCAUAUCGAUGCCACACAGGCUGUUUUCUAAAUUAUAAGUUGUUUUUUAGGGGCAGUUGCUCUUUAAAUGUUACUCGCCUUUUUGUUUGUUAAAGAAUAGUCAUUUUCUCCUUCCUCAGGCGAUCAGCUUCCGAGGUAUGUGCGUGUGAACACGUUAAAGACCACGGUGGAGGAUGCCAUUGAUUACUUCAAGAGAGAGGGCUUCUCCUACUUAGGACAGGCCUACAGGUCAGUCAGGGACAGGCCUUUGAUGUUUCUUCCUUCCCUGUUUAUUCUAUUGACUGAGCAUCGAUUCAUUCUAGUGAUCGAGGUUGACAUGAGGUAAAUGAAAAUUUGAAUGUGUGUUUCUGAUGUCCAGGCUCGAUGACCUGAAUCUGAAGGGGAAAUCCUUUGUGGGUGACCUGCACCUUUCAGACCUGCUGGUUUUCUCUGCAAAGACAGACUUCCAUGACCACAAUCUGUACAAGGCUGGCCACAUCAUUCUACAAGACAAGGUGAGGGCUUUCAAUGCGUCCUUCCUUCCUUGAGGUCAUCACUGAUCUGUACAUGAUUGGAUGAGGUUACCUGGUCAGAUCUAUUCUGAUAAAAAAUAAGUUGCGAUUCAUUUAGAAGGUAUUCUAACAGGGCCUAUGGAUUUGCCUGUGUACUACUGUCUCCCGUAUAUCCCAACAGGCCAGCUGUCUCCCUGCGUACCUCCUGAACCCUCCUACAGGCAGCCACGUCCUGGAUGCUUGUGCAGCGCCGGGGAACAAAACCAGCCACCUUGCUGCCAUCAUGAAAAACAAAGGGUAAAACUUGAUUGAAAUAAAAAGAGGUCCCAUUUCCCAGACCCAGAUUAAGCCUUCUCCUGGUCUAAAUGCGAUGCACAAAAAAUGAAGGACACUUUCUCUUUCCAUGACAGAGACUGACCGGGUGAAUCCACGUGAAAGCUAUGAUCCCUUAUUGAUCCACUUCAAUCAGUGUAGAUGAAGGAGUGGAGACAGGUUAAAGAAGGAUUUUUAAGCCUUGAGCCAAUAUGUGUGCUAUUCAGAGGCUGAAUGGGCAAGACAAAAUAUUUAAGUGCCUUUGAACGGAGUAUGGUAGUAGGUGCCAGGCGCACCAGUUUGUGUCAAGAAUUGCAAUGCUGCUGGGUUUUUUCAUGCUUAACAGUUUCCUGUGUGUAUCAAGAAUGGUUCACCGCCAACUUGACACAACUGUGGGAAGCAUUGGCGUGAACAUGGGCCAGCAUCCCUGUGGAACGCUUUCGAAACCUUGGUGGAGUCCAUACCCCAACAAAUUGAGGCUGUUCUGAGGGCAAAAGUGGGGGAUGCAACUCAAUAUUAGGAAGGUGUUCUUAAUGUUUUGUACUCUGUACUUUUUCUGGUUCUGGGAAACUAUUGUCUAGUAGGAAUAGGGUAUUAACAAUCUUGUGAUGUUAAUCCUGAAAAAAGAGAAGGUUACUAAAGGAAGGCUCUUUUGAUCAAAUUUCAAACCACAUUGUAAAGGUUACUUGCCUCACCUUAUACCUUUGACCCAAACCUAUUUUCUCUGACCCGUGUUGAAGGAAGCUGUUUGCCUUCGACCUGGAUGCCAAGCGUCUCUCCACAAUGUCCACUCUCCUGCUCCGCGCUGGAAUCACAUGUCAGCAGCUGGCCAAUCAGGACUUCCUAAAGGUGGACCCGGACGGGCCCCAGUAUAAAGAUGUGGAGUACAUCCUACUGGACCCGUCGUGCAGCGGAUCAGGUAACACAACCUGUCUGUCUGGUGUCCUCAAAACAAAAUACAGAUGUUUAGUGCUUGUUUAUUACUCCAGAAAGAUGCACCUCAAUGACCCAGAAGGACUCACAAGUCAAAGUAUCUGUAUGACCUCUAAAACAAGUACCUUCUUUGUACUCGAUGUCAUUGUUGAUCCAAUAGUUUUUGUGUGUUUCUCUCUCUCAGGGAUGGUGUGUCUGCGGGACGAGGCCUCGCCCUCCCAAAAGGAGCAGGACAAGCGUCGUCUGCAGGCCUUGGCAGCGUUCCAGCUGCACUGUCUCAACCACGCCCUGCGCUUCCCCCGCCUGCAGCGCCUGGUCUACUCCACCUGCUCCAUCCAUACCGAGGAGAACGAGCAAGUGGUGGCCGCCUGCAUGCUGCAGAACCCAGGUUUCAGGUAGGACACAGAAAUGUAUAAUUAAAGCUGCAAGCAGCUUUGCCGGGUUUCAGAUGUGUGCCCACUGUGCCACCAUCAGGACAAAUUGGACACAUUGCCCUAGGAUGAGCUACUUCUGUACUGUUUACCACACUUACCAAAUAUCAGAACUCAAAAUCAAACCGAUCAUGCAAUAAGUUUUUAAUGUAUUGGACCGACUGGCACCUAAUUUGGUAUAUAGCAUCUAUAGAUGCACAUCUUCAAACACAAUAUUUUCCAAGACUCUUGCUCAAACAAUAUGGCCGCUAUGAGCCAAUGAGCUUGGAUGAAUGAUUUUUUCCUGUCCAACAGCACAACACUUUACAGGUUAGCUAGACUCAUAUCCCUGAGCAUGUGUACCAAAUUUAAUCACUGAGUCAAACAGAUCAAGAGAUAGAAACAUGUGGUCGAUCUGAAUGUGCUUAGAUAUGUUGAGUCUUGACAGUAUUUGGAACAUGUGUACCAAGUUUUGUUGCAAAUGAAUAUCUGUGUCGGAGUUAUAUGCAUUUGUGCCAGACCACGCCCACAUUCAUAUUUAUUGGUCAGUAGCGGCCAUGUUAUUUGAGAUGCUAUCUUGGAAAAACAUCAUUUGUGAGAGCUUGGUCCAUAGAUGCCAUGUAUCAAGUUCUGUGCAUAUCAGUAUUUCGGUGCCAGAGGAGUAGCGUUUUAAGUGUUUUUAACAAAAUUGAAAAUGGUGGAACCUUGAGGAAAAUGUGUUCCUUGUGAGGAGAGGGACCUAUGUACUGGAUUUCAGGACUCUAGGUCACAUGGGGUGAGGGGCGUGACCUUUCAAAAUGUGCUAUUGCUUGUUAUAGCGCCACCAUGUAGCAAAUAUGCACGGUAAUGGAUGAGAGGGUGUAUCCCCUGGCCCUUUACCAUCAUGCAAGGUUGCAACCUAGGCCUUACCAUCUCACCGGAAUUUGCAUUAUUUCACAAAUCGGCAGAAGGAAAAUAAUCAAAGCCAACAAAUACAAUAGGGUUUCACCAGCUUCGCUUCUGAACCCCUAAUGAUCAAUUCCCAAAAAGAAUAUAGAUUUAUCAUGGAACAGACCUGUAUUUGACCUGUGUUUCUAGGAUCAUAAGAACAGUAUAGCAUUGUGGAAACUGGCGUAAGCCUAUGAUCUGAGACACCGGCUUUGUUUUCGCAGGCUUGUUCCACUGCUCCAGCAGUGGCCCGAGCGUGGUCUGGCUCCCCUCACACAGUGUCUCCGAGCCAGCACCACCAAAACCCUCACCCAUGGCUUCUUUGUGGCCCUGCUGGAGCGACACACAGCACAGAGUCUAGCAGAGCAGGCCUCCAAAACACUGUGAGUAACAGUUAUACAUUCAAUGAAACUCUCAUUAAUUGAAAGCAAGGCAACUUAAAAGAGAAAGUCUAGAUUAUACAGUUGCUAUGUGAAGUUAAUCAACAGAAAUGCAACAUUGUUAAUGUUAGUCUUCACUGUUGUAGCAAUCCGGUCACUGAGAUGAGUCCAAGUAGUCCUUCUGCCAGUAAGGACAUCCAUGAGGCUGAAGAUGCCGAUAUCACAGAAGAUGGGGAUGAGGUUCAGGAGCCUAUUAGCACCACCAAGGAUAAUACAGAAACCUCAGGAGGAGCAAAGAAGAAGAGGAGGAGGAAGAAAAAGAAAGAUGGGGAUAAGGAGGCUCUGGAGCCCAAAACCACUGAGGAACAGACAGAUACCUCAGGAGGAACAAAGAAAAAAAAGAAUGCUAAAGUGGAAUGA